UGAGGCCCAUGCUGGCAUUUGCUAACUUGCGCGCCUUCGUCUUCUCAUAACAAAUGUGUUUCAUGUCACAGAGAGAGAGAGUUCAGCAAUCGGACAUGUCUCGAUACAGAGACGACUCACCUGCAGUUCGAGUGUAUACAGUUUGCGACGAAUCAAAAUAUUUGAUCGUGAGGAACGUUCCGGCAUUGGGAUGCGGUGAUGAAUUGUCUAAAUUGUUUGGAUCUUAUGGAGAGAUUGAAGAAUGCAAACCAAAGGAUGAUGAAGACUGCGAACCAUUCACCGAUGUUUACUGGAUCAAAUUUUAUGUAGUCAACAAUGCAAGGUUUGCAAAAAGGAAAUUGGAUGAGUUUGUUUUCCUUGGGAAUCGACUUCAGGUCUCAUAUGCACCUCAUUACGAGAGCCUGUCAGACACCAAGGAUAAAUUAGAAGGCCGUAGAAAGGAAGUUCUAGCACGCUUGAAUCCUGGAAGAUCCAAACCAUCCGUGGUUGCAUCUCCACCAGAAACACGCAGCACUUCCCAAUUGAUAAACUCUAGCCAAAGGGAUACUGGAGAGUCGCAACAUAUUUCUCACAGUAAAGAUUCUUCAAUGACAAGGGUUACUUCUGACAAGUUUUUCUGGGCCAACAAAUGCUUUUUUGCUAUUUCCGAAUGUCAGGAUUAUUUUCCAUCUCAAUCAAUGAAUCAAACGGUUCAGUUGGUCAGAGAGAAGCUUAAUAAGAUUCAAUCAAAUGUCGAGCAUUUUGAAGCUGCGCCUUCCAAGAAAACACGAGUGGACAACAGACGAAGAAUCUAAUGAACUUUGACAUUGGAAAACAACUAUAAUUAACAAGCUGGUCUUUUGCUUUCUUAUUACUUGGCUUCCGUUUACCUUAAUGUCUGCCAGCCGCCUUGGUUCAGAAGAUUUGCAUAUGGACAAUGUGUGUCAUUUUUACCUGCAGAUUAGCCCAUUAAUCUUUUGAUGAUGUAAUUUUGAUUUCUAGUUUUGUUUUAAGUUCUCAUUGUUUCAUUGCAUAUUCUACAUUGUAUAGUUGUGUAUCAUAUAGACAAGUAUUCUUAUUUUAUAUUGCAUAUUAUGGUUUAUAAUUACAAGAA